AUGUCGAGCAAAAUCGUGUUGUAUUUUGACUGUGUCUCGCCGUGGUCGUACAUCGCCUUCCAAGUGUUGCGGCGCUAUCGUGCUACAUGGGGCGUUCAACUCGAGUUCCAGCCUCGAAGCUUGGCGUACGUGAUGAAGUUUUCCCAGAACAGUCCGCCGAUCACAGUGCCCAACAAAGGCGCCCAUAUGAUGAACCAACUCAGCUCUGUGGAUCGCAUGUAUGGACUGAAAUUGCGUUUCCCCGCAUCAUUCCCGUUCGAUACAUUCCCUGUGAUGGGCCUCCUUCGUACUGUGCAGGCCGAGUGUCCCGACCGGCUUGAGGAGAUGAUUGAAGCGUCGUUCCAAUACAUCUGGCGCGAUGGCCACAGUGUAAAGAGCGAAGAGGAUCUAAAGGAUCUGGCCUCUCGCUGCUUUCAAGGGGACCAGCUUUCAUCGCUUAUCAAGAAGGCCUACGCCCGCGACACACGCGCCCUGCUCAAGGCCGAGUCAGAACAGCUGGUAGAGAAUGGCGCCUUUGGAUUCCCUUUUGGCGUGGAGCAGCUGGAGCGUCUUGCUGCGUUCUUGCACAAACCCUAUUUGGGCCCAAUGGCCGACGGGACUACGCCCCGCCUGUAG